AUGAGGGCUUUCUACCUGCACAAAGAUAUCGCCCCGUCCGAGCUGCCAUCGACGCUCUCCAGCGAUGUGCCCGAACCCAAGGCUGCGGCGGGAUCCAACGAGGUGCUAGUCGAUGUGCACUCGGCCGCCUUCAACUUCUUCGACAUCCUCGCUGUCCAGGGCAAGUACCAGGUCAAGACGCCCCACCCCUACGUACCUGGCGUCGAGAUGGCAGGUAUCAUCUCGAAGGAUUCUCCUAUCCCGGAAGGAUGCGAUUUCAUCCCGGGCAAGACCCGCGUCUUUGGUGCUGCACAGGGCGCCUACGGUGAACGAACCAAGGCAGACUACUGGCAGCUCAUGGAGGUGCCUGAGGGGAUCUCGCUCGAGCAGGCGGCAGGACUCUUCAUCACCUGGCCCACGAGCUACGCCGCUCUCAAGUUCAGAGCCGAUGUUCAACCAGACGAAUGGGUGCUGGUGCACGCCGGUGCCGGCGGUGUCGGCAUCUGCGCCAUCCAGAUCGCCAAAGCCAUGGGUGCAAAGGUCAUCGCCACCGCUGGAUCGGACGACAAGCUGCGCGUAUGCAAAACCGUCGGAGGCGCCGAUUACGCCGUCAACUACCGCGACAAGGACUGGCAAUCCCAGGUAAAGAAGAUCACAGAAGGUCACGGCGUAGACGUCGUCUACGACCCCGUAGGAAUGAUCGUCCCUUCGCUCAAAGUCAUCGCCUGGAACGGCAGGAUCAUCGUCGUCGGCUUCGCCGCGGGCACCAUCGAAAAGAUCCCAGCCAACCUGAUCCUCCUCAAAAACGUCGCCGUCACCGGCGUCCAUUGGGGCGCCUACGUUCGCAACGAGCCAGACAAGAUCGGCGAGACGUGGGAAGCUCUGCUCGACAUGUUCAAGACCAAGAAGGUCUCGCCUACCGUGUUCGAGCACAUCUACGAGGGGCUGGAGAGCGUUCCGGAGGGGUUGAAGGACUUGGCUGAGAGGAAGACGUGGGGUAAGGCGGUGGUUAGGAUCAGGGCCGAUCCUCAGUUCCCGCCGAAGGGGAAGCACAAGCUUUAA